GCCACAGAGCUCGAGCUCGCACACCAGAGCACACAGAGUGCGCUCAGAGCGAGCGCGAUGGACGUGGCGGCGGCGGCGGCCGGCGUGGAACCGUUCCCGACGGUGGACAAGUGCGACGCGUCAGGGCGGAGCGCGCACGCCGUGGUCGCGGACCUGGACGGCACGCUGCUCCGUUCCCGCAGCGCUUUCCCGUACUACGCGCUGGUAGCGUUCGAGGCCGGCGGCGUGCCCCGUCUGCUGCUGCUGCUGCUCCUGUACCCCUUGGCGGCGGCGCUGCAGGUCCUGGUGUCGGAGUCAGCGUGCACGCGCGUGCUGGUGUUCGCGGCCACGGCGGGCGCCCGGGUGUCGGACAUCGAGUCGGCGGCGCGCGCCGUGCUACCGCGGUUCUACGCCGCCGACGUGCACCCGGCCGCGUGGAGGGUGUUCUCUGCGUGCGCCCAGAGGCGCGUGGUGCUCACGGCCACGCCGAGGGUCAUGGCCGAGCCGUUCCUCAGGGAGUGCCUUAGUGUCGACGCUGUCGCGGGCACUGAGCUCGCCACGUGGCGCAGGCGCGCCACGGGGUUCGUGGACGCGCGCAGGGGCGUGCUCGUGGGACGUCGCAAGGCCCAGGCGCUGCGGGAGAUCUUUGCCGCCGAUGGCGACGCGCCCGACGUCGGCCUCGGGAACAGCCAGUCCGAUUACCCCUUCAUGACCAUGUGCAAGGAGGCCUACAUCGUACCGCGGGCACCGGUGGAGCCCGUGGGCAUGGACCAGCUUCCCCGGCCGAUCAUCUUCCACGACGGCCGCCUCGUGCGCCGCCCGACGCCGCUGGUCGCACUGCUCGUCGUGCUGUGGUUCCCCGUCGGCUUCGCGCUCGCCUGCCUCCGCAUCGCGGCGGGCGCGCUGCUGCCGAUGCCGCUCGUGUACUACGCGUUCUGGGCGCUCGGCGUGCGCGUCCUCGUCCGCGGCGCCCCGCCGCCACCGCGAGCCGAGCGUGCCGCGGGCCGGUCCGGCGUGCUGUUCGCCUGCUCGCACCGGACGCUGCUUGAUCCGAUAUUCCUCUCCGCCGCGCUCGGCCGGCCCGUGGCGGCGGUGACCUACUCGCUGUCGCGGCUCUCCGAGUUCCUGUCGCCGAUCAGGACGGUGCGGCUGACGCGGGACCGCGCCACGGACGCGGCCAUGAUCAGGGAGCUCCUGGCCGAGGGCGACCUCGUGAUCUGCCCCGAGGGGACGACGAGCCGGGAGCCGUUCCUGCUGCGGUUCUCGGCGCUAUUCGCGGAGCUCACGGACGAGGUGGUGCCGGUGGCCAUGGAGAAUCGGAUGAGCAUGUUCCACGGCACGACGGCGAGGGGGUGGAAGGGGAUGGAUCCCUUCUACUUCUUCAUGAACCCGAGCCCGGUCUACGUCGUCACGUUCCUCAGCAAGCUCCCGUCGGAGCUCACCUGCGCCGGCGGCAAGACCAGCCACGAGGUGGCCAACUACAUCCAGAGGCUCAUCGCCGCCACGCUCUCCUACGAGUGCACCAGCCUCACCAGGAAGGACAAGUACCGGGCGCUGGCAGGCAACGACGGCGUCGUCGCCGCUAAGCUGCCAUCGCCGCCGCCGGCGAAGAAAGCUCAAGGUUGAUAGAUUGUGAUGUGUGUUUGCUUGUGAAUUCAUUGUGAUGAUGCAUGUCAAUGGGCAGUGAUUUGACUGAUUUCCUCUUUCUCUUUGCUUUGGUUACUUCUCUUGUAUGAGCAUGUACCAACUGGGAGUUGAAUGCAAGUUUACAGAACUUCAAAUGAAAAUGGGGGAACAGGAACUAUUCUGAUGCGUGUCAGCAAUGUGCAUAUGUUUCUGCAGCCAACAGCUACGAACAUAAAAGCAAAGUUAUUUCGUUUGGUAGAUUGGUUCACAUAACCACAGGCCAUAAUUUUUUUUUUAAUUUCAGUGAGGAAUUGAACAGCUCAACAAGUAAAGGGACACCAAACAUCAUUGGUAUAUAUACAUAUAUAUAGAC